CCAGCCCAGAAACCGCAGACCGCACCGCCACCGCUCCCCAUCUCGAUCUAAAACCGAGGGUUUCGUCCAGCUCCGUCGCCGCGACCCAAACCAGAGCCCGCCCCACCCACCCCAGCCAGCCAGCCAUGCCGAAGAACAAGGGUAAGGGAGGCAAGAACCGCAAGCGGGGCAAGAACGAGGCCGACGACGACAAGCGCGAGCUGGUGUUCAAGGAGGACGGCCAGGAGUACGCGCAGGUGACGCGGAUGCUCGGCAACGGGCGCUGCGAGGCCAUCUGCGUCGACGGCACCAAGCGCCUCUGCCACAUCCGGGGCAAGAUGCACAAGAAGGUCUGGAUCGCCGCCGGGGACAUCGUCCUCGUCGGCCUCCGCGACUACCAGGACGACAAGGCCGACGUCAUCCUCAAGUACAUGAACGACGAGGCCCGCCUGCUCAAGGCCUACGGGGAGCUCCCCGACACGCUCCGCCUCAACGAGGGCGUUGACGUCGACGGCCCCGAGGAGGGCGAGGGCGACAGCGACUACAUCCAGUUCGAGGACGAGGACAUCGACAAGAUCUAAGCUUUUUUUCCUCCUCCUCCCUCGCCUAUACUUUGUGUUCUAUUCUGUUCUAAUAGCGUCUGUGUCGGUCGGCGGGCUGUUGUGGAUUGAUGGAUUUGGUAACGAGAAAUCGUUGUGACUUGAGGUGCCUAAAUAAUUGUUGGAUUAUCGUGUUUGUCGUAUUAUUAUUGUUUGCAACAAGCCAUGGGAUGAUUAUUAUUAUGGUGUUAA